UUUCACCAAGAAAGCAAAAAUUUAACCUUAAUUGGCAACCUAUUUUUCCCCAGGAUUUUUUUACUGGAUUUUAUUGGAUUUAGCUGGGUUUUAAUUGGAUCCAUAAGGUUAGUGCUCAUCAAAGAAUACCUUGCGUUGCCCUAGUCUACGUAUACGCAUACAUUUUACUUUUCCACAUCCAUCAACCACGAUUCGCAAAGGGAUUUCGACAAGGCUCCCCUUAUCGGAUUUGAGUGCGUUUCUAUCUAUCCCCGUUUAUUGUUUACUUUAUUUCCUCCGUACUUACGGGCUAAAUCCACCGCCGGGUUCGUCCGUAGAGGGACUUGGAGAUGUGAAAUAAAAACGGCUAUAUAUAUUCGCAUUACUGUACAUCUUCAGAUUGUAUCUUCUUGACUAAUCAAUCAUAUAGAAGAUUACUUCUUCAACUUUUUAAAGUUAUCUUUCACUUAACUAUCUACUUUCUUCUAAGGAGUCUUAUCAAAUCAAGAAGAACUUGGCGAUCGAAGGACAAUGAUGACGGAUGAAAAGUUACCACCCACGACAGCAUCGUCUGCUUCAAGUACAAUGCAUGAGAAACCGGGUGCUGGGUCGACGGAAAAAACUCCAGAAGCGACAACUUCGGCUCAGGAAGGGGACAACAAUAACGCGAUAGAGUUAAAUAGGACGAGAAGUGCAGCGGACGUACAGCAAGAGGAGUUGAACAGGGUUAUGACAAGUGCAGAUGGUGUAGAAUAUCCAACUGGUGUCAAGUUACAGUUGAUUAGUUUGGCAUUAUGUUUAUCGGUUUUCUUGAUGGCAUUGGUAUGUUUCUGCUAGUUUAUUCAAGACUACAGUUUCUUUAUUUCUUGAGUUCUUGAGUUCUGAUUGGUGAAUAGGAUAAUUCUAUUAUUGCAACGGCCAUUCCCAAGAUUACGGAUCAAUUUCAUUCAUUGGACGAUGUUGGUUGGUAUGGAUCUGCAUGUAAGAAUCUCUAACAUUCAUGUUUGUUGGUUUUAGUCUCCCCAUGAGGAAGGAACUAGUAGGUGGAAACUUAGUGACUAACAAUCAUGUGUUUACAGACCUUCUCACUACUGCUUCCUUUCAACUCCUCUUUGGGAAAUUCUAUUCAUAUUUCUCAAUAAAAUGGGUUUAUCUCAUCGCAAUUGGUAUCUUCGAGGUCGGUAGUUUGAUCUGUGGAGUUGCGCCAAAUUCGAUUGCCUUGAUCAUCGGUAGAGCUAUUGCUGGUUUGGGAAGUGCUGGGAUCUUCUCAGGUGCUUUGAUCAUUGUCGCAUAUUCCGUACCUUUGAUCAAGAGACCUAUGUUUACUGGAUUUAUUGGAGCUAUGUAUGGUAUUGCCUCUGUAGCUGGACCAUUACUUGGAGGUGUAUUCGUAAGUCUGCCUUAGCAUUUCACCAUGACAAACACUGACCAGAACAGACUGACAAAGCAACUUGGCGUUGGUGCUUCUUAAUCAAUCUUCCAAUUGGAGCUGGUUAGUCUCCCAAAACUCUUCAUGAUAAGCCAUCGCUGAUUAUUUGAUGUAUUAGUCACUAUUAUUGUUAUUUUGAUUUUCUUCAAAGCUCCUGAUAGACCAACUGUUGCAGAACUUCCAUGGAAAGAGCGUAUAAAGGAAUUUGAUCUUCUCGGUACCGCAUUCUUCAUUCCAGCUAUCAUCUGCCUACUGCUCGCACUUCAAUGGGGUGGAACUAAGUACCAAUGGGAUAAUGGUCGUAUCAUUGCACUCUUCGUACUCUUCGGACUAUUAAUCGGAGUUUUUGUCGCCAUCCAAUUCUGGAAAGGAGAUAGCGCCACCGUACCACCCAACAUCAUGAAGAAGCGAAGCAUGUGGUCAGCUGCAUGGUUCUCUUUCUGUCUCGGAUCAUAUUUCCUCCUUCUCAUCUACUAUCUCCCUAUUUGGUUCCAAGCCGUCAAGGGUGAUUCGGCUGUCAAAUCUGGUAUUUCUAACAUACCAAUGGUGUUGACAUUGGUAAUUGUUAGGUUCGUAUAAUCUUCCUCAUCUUUUGCAUAUUUUCAUAAUAAUAACAUAUUUUAGUAUCAUCUCCGGAGUUGGUGUCACAACAACCGGUUACUACGCACCAUUCAUGAUCAUUUCUUCAGUAAUCGCAGCAAUUGGAAUCGGUCUUUUAACCACCUUCAAACCUGACACCAACCACGCGGCAUGGAUCGGCUACCAAUGUCUCGCUGGUAUAGGUAUCGGCUUCGGUAUGCAACAACCUCUCAUUGCAUGUCAAACCGUGCUCGAUAUCUCCCAAGUCCCAACCGGCACCUCCGUCAUUAUCUUUGUACAAACCCUUGGUGGAGCCCUCUUCGUCUCUAUCGGUCAAAACAUCUUUACAAACAAAUUGUCUGAAAAUUUGGCACAUUUUGUACCAGAUUUAGAUCCUGCUGUUGUUUUAAGCACAGGUGCUACUAGUAUCCAGAAAGACAUCGCUCCAGAAUAUUUGGCCGGUGUAACGAUUUCUUAUAAUAAUGCGUUGACGCAAUCAUUUCUGGUGGCUGCUGUCAUGGCUGUUUUGACUAUUAUUGGUAGUGUGGCCAUUGAGUGGAAGAGUGUCAAAGGAAAGAAAAUUGAGAUGGCAGCUGCUUAAAUCCGAGUUCGACAAAUAUUUCAAUCUGGAGUUGAAAUUUGGAGCUUGGGUUUAAGGUCGUUUGAGAUGUGGUAAUGAUGUGAACGUUAUGUGCUGCAUUUUUAUUGCACUGUACAUGUGUACUAUAUACCCCUUUUCGCGUUGGAAACCCUUUAUAAAGGGAAGAAAGACUUGCUUUUGCUAUGCUAUGGCUGUUAUUUGGAAGAUUUAAUUAAUGGAUGGAUGAGCGGAUCACUUGGUUGCUUGUAUGAUACAGCAGCUGGGUGAUGGGUGGUGGGCGAUGAAGGGUGUGGUCUUGUCUUGAUGGCUGAAUGGCUGAGAUGAGAUGAGAUGAGAUGGUGGAUUCCUAUGAGAUAGAUGCUGCAUAGAUGAAUAUUUAUGGCAUGUAUGCCAUGUAUGGAAUUAUGGCAUGCUUUAAUGAAAUAGAUAGAUAUAUAUAUAUAUAUAUAUAUAUAGAUGGGGGGAUAGAAAAAUUAACUCUACUACUUACUUACUUGGUU